AUGUCAGUCCCCAGCGAGGUGCUCUCCCCGUUUACCAAUACUCUUCAGCAGCUGCAGCGCGUCUUUGAGUCCAUGAAGAAGGAGAUAAGUGAGUUCACCAAAUCGCUCAACCACACAACGGCAGACGUCAGCGAGUUUCGGAAUGAAAUUCUGGAAAUCAAAAACCAGCUAAAAGAGCUAGAGACGCAGAAAACUGAGGUGAAGAACCUGCGCGCGGAGGUCGUCGAGCUCCGCCACGAACUAGAACUUAAAGAACAGCGCCAUCUACUCAAAAAUAUCGAAAUUACAGGAGUGACUGAAAGUAACGGGGAAAAUCUUCAGCAACUAGUCAGCACCAUCUGCGUAAAGCUUGGCGUCGAACUCGACCCCCGAGAUGUGGACGACGUGCGUCGGGUAGGCCAGCGCGGCGGCGGGGCGGGCGGCCUCGAGCGACCGCGCCCUGUUGUGUUGACGCUGACGCGGCGCGCGCCGCGCGACCAAAUCCUUCGCGCUGCGAAAGUUCGUCGCGGUCUAACUACCGAUGCACUGGAGAUUCCUGGAAAUUCACGACGUGUUUAUAUAAACGAACACCUGACAAAAAAUAAUCGAAUUCUUUUCAGUAAAGCUCGAGCUAGAGGAGCUGAACUGAAAUUCAAAUUUGUAUGGACUUCAAACGGCUCCAUCUAUAUGCGCCGGACUGAAACAAGUUCUAUUGUUCGGAUCUCAUCGGAAUCGAUGCUGGAGAAACUUCGCAAGGAACCUACGAGUACAUCUGAAAACCGGCCCGAGUCGUUUCAGGUCGUCACUAAUUAA